CAAAAUAAUAUUAAGACUAGAAGAGUGGAAAAACGGCAACAAAAAAAAAUAAAGGAAAUGUUAGCAGCAGCUAUACGGUCGUUGUCACCAUCUUCCACCUCCAGCAUUUUCAAUAAAUCUGCACUCCCUCCUCUACUACGCUCACUCUCUCCUUCCCUCUCGAACUCCCGCUUUCAAAUCCGUUCAAUGGCUGACUCAGCUUCUUCUCCAUUUAAAAAAGUUCAAAUCCACAGAGACAAUACUACAUUUGAUGCCUACGUGAUUGGCAAAGAUGAUGCUCCUGGCAUUGUUGUUGUUCAAGAGUGGUGGGGUGUGGAUUUUGAGAUAAAAAACCAUGCUGAGAAAAUCUCCCAACUUGAACCUGGAUUUAAGGCACUUAUCCCCGAUUUGUAUCGAGGAAAGGUGGGCUUGGAUGUUGCUGAAGCUCAGCAUUUGAUGGAUGGUCUUGACUGGCAAGGUGCUGUUAAGGAUAUUGGUGCUUCAGUUAAUUGGCUCAAGGCUAAUGGUUCAAAGAAGGCAGGAGUAACUGGAUUUUGCAUGGGAGGGGCUCUUGCUAUUGCCAGUUCUGUUUUGGUCCCUGAGGUUGAUGCCGUUGUCGCAUUUUAUGGCGUUCCUCCCUCAGAGCUUGCAGAUGCUACCCAGGCUAAGGCACCCAUCCAGGCUCAUUUUGGAGAGCUUGAUAAUUUUGUUGGUUUUGCAGAUAUUACGGCUGCCAAGGCUUUGGAGGAGAAGCUGAAAGCAUCAGGAGUUCCUUCCGAGGUACACAUUUAUCCAGGCAAUGCACAUGCAUUUAUGAACAGGUCAGCAGAAGGGGUGAAGAGGAGGAAGAGCAUGGGAAUGCCUGACGAGGAUGAAGCUGCGGUUGAGCUGGCAUGGUCACGCUUCAGGUCAUGGAUGAAUCAGUAUUUGUCUGCAUAAAUUUUGGUAUGUUUGAAGUAGUAGAUCUUGGCUGCUUGCUUGCUUGCCAGCUUGAGUAUAGCAGUGGAAAUGCAACUAUUGUAUGAAGUGCUUGUGGAAGAAAGGCCGAGGACUUCUGAUAUUUCUAAAAUGAGUUAGUUUGCAUGUAAUAAAAGCUGGCAAUAUAUGGUUCCGCGUUCAGUCUUC